CGGAAUCAGUAUAGAGCUCAGCCAUAGCCACAGCCUGCGAGAACUCAUGAUGGAUCGUCUCAAUGGCUCUGCGCGUCUCAUGAUAGUCUCUGAUCUUGAUUCUACUAUGGUCGACCAUGACGACCCUCAGAACCUCUCUCUUCUCCGCUUCAACGCUCUAUGGGAAGCCUAUUAUCGCCAUGACUCUCUUCUGGUUUUUUCAACUGGAAGAUCCCCCGAUUCUUACCAACUAUUAAGGGCCGAGAAACCCUUGUUAACCCCUGAUAUCACUGUUAUGUCUGUGGGAACUGAGAUUGCCUGUGGUGAAUCUAUGGUGCCCGAUGCUGGCUGGGAGCAGUACCUGAAUCAAAGGUGGGACAGAGACAUUGUCGUGGAAGAAACCUCCAAGUUUCCUGAGCUUCUUCCUCAGUCAGAGAUAGAUCAACGACCUCAUAAGGUUAGCUUUUACGUAGAGAAGGACAAAGCGCUCAAGAUAAUUGGUGUUCUAUCAGAACGUUUGGAGAAACGAGGGUUAGAUGUAAAGAUAAUCUAUAGUAGUGGGAUAGCUUUGGACGUUUUACCAAGAGGUGCUGGCAAAGGACAGGCCCUUGCAUAUCUACUGAAGAAAUUUGAAUCUGAUGGAAAACUUCCUGCCAGUACUCUUGUUUGUGGUGAUUCUGGCAAUGAUGCUGAACUGUUGAGUGUUCCUCAAGUCUAUGGUGUAAUGGUCAGUAAUGCACAGGAAGAACUGUUACAGUGGUAUUCGGAAAAUAUGAGAAAUAAUCCUAGUAUAAUCCAUGCUACUGAGAGAUGUGCAGCAGGUAUCAUACAGGGAAUUGGUAGUUUUUGUCUGGGUCCAAAUGUCUCUCCAAGAGAUAUCAGGGACUUUCAAAAGUGUAAAGUGGAUAUUGUCAACCCUGGUUAUGAAGUCGUAAAAUUUUACUUGUUCUACGAGAGAUGGCGGUGCGCAGAUAUUCAGAAGUCUACACAGCAUAUGCAGAAUUUUAAAUCAGUUUUUCACUCUUCUUGUACUCUGGUCCAUCCCUCGGGAACUGAGCAGCAUAUUCACCAGUGUGUGGAUGAAAUGGAAAGUUUGCAUGGAGACAGGCAGGGAAAGCAGUUUCUGGUAUGGGUAGAUCGAGUGUCCUCGGCACAAAUCGGCUUAGACACUUGGCUUGUGAAGUGCGCUAAAUGGGAGUCACAUGGACUCGAAUAAUAAUGAGGCCGAUCAGGAAAACAAAAAAUGACUCAAAAAUCAGCAUGGCUUGUACAAAGAAAAUACAAAAAAAGCAAGAGUGACCCAAAAUUUACAGUUGAUGAGAAUGGUCUUCCAAAUUCAAUGAAGACUAUUGAUUGGCUUCCCAAUGAUUUGAUUGUGGAUAUAUUAGGUCAUGUUGCUGCUACAUCCAUCUCUGAUUUCUUCAACGCUAAACUAAGUUGGAAAUUGUUCAGUAGAUUAGCCAAAGAUAGUGAUGACUAUAUGUACAACAAACUAUCACUUGAUGAGCUUUCUUGUCACCCACUGGACCUGUAUUUGUGCAAGGAAGCAACUU